AGACAACACCGGUACCGCCGGCCUCUAGUGUAGCAGGGGCCGCGCCUGAGAUCCAUAGAGCUCUAGAUCUCGGAUCUCCUCCAUCCUCCAUGCUCUCAGCCUUGUGAUCCCUGCUGUUUUCGAGUUUGCGGUCUCCCUUGUUUCUUGUGUUCGAUACGUUGCUGUCAAGAUCCAAGAUGAUUUCUGGUAUAAGAGACUGGUUUCCCCUUUCUCCUGGUGAUUUUCUUGGUCCUUGACAUAGCAACAGCAAAAUCUCCAGCAGGAUCUGGUCUCUUUCUUUCGUUCCCACUGUUCCAGCGUUUGGAACUUCUUUGAGCCACAAGUGUUUUCAAUCCUGCUGGUCAGCAUUGCUUUCUAUAACCCACACCAGUGGCUUUUUCUUCGAACCACCAGACACAAUGGUUCAGUUCACUGCCAUUCUCGGCACGCUUGCUGUGACCAUCGCAUCCGUACAAGCCCUUCCCGGCGGCUGGAUUCUCCAAGCACGAGGAAAUAUCCCCGACCCGGCAGGUGCAAAGAACGUCGGAAACGGCCAAGGUCUUCAGUUCAUCGGGGGACAGUGCCUCAGCGAAGCCGACUGCGGAUCACAAUGCUGUGCAACCCUUCCCCGCGGUAGUGACACCAUCGGCGUCUGUUCUGGCUUGGGCGCUCAGUUCCAAGCUGGCAAGCAGGGCUGUGGCUUUGGAACUACUGCUGCGGGCAACGGCACCGGUACCGUAGGCAACGUCAACGCUGUCGAUAACCAACCCGGGAAUGGCACCGCGACUCACGGUCAUAAUGGGAAAGGUCACGGCCACAAGAAUAAGGGCUGUAAUGCUGGAAAUGCGGGCAACAGCACCAGCCCCGUAGGCAACAUCAACGCUGUCAAUAACCAAGCCGGGAAUGGCACCGCGACUCAUGGGAACAAGGGGAAGGGUCACGGCCACAAGAAUAAGGGCUGUGAUGCUGGAAAUGCUGGCAACAACGGCACCGCCAACGCCAACCCCAACGCCAAUGCCAACGCCGGUAAUGGGGCUAACGCCGGCAAGACUGGCAAGAAAGGCAAGACUGGCAACGCUGGCAAUGCUGGUAACGCUGCUGGUAACGCUGCUGGUAACGCUGCUGGCAACGCUGGAAAUGCCGCUGGCACCGCUGGCGACGCUGGCGACGCUGGCAAGGGCAAGGGCAACAGCAACUCUGGAAAUAAGGGUAACGACAACGGCAACGCCAAUGGCAGCGGCAACGCCAAUGGCAACGCGGGCAACGCUAGCAGUGGCGGAAGCACGGGAAGUACUGGCAACGCCAACGGAAGUACAGGCAAUACCGGCAAUACCGGAGGCGCAACUGACGCUUCCGCUGGUGAUACCCAGGAUGCUUAGUCUGAUCAGGCAGGCGUUUGCAACGUUGGGAACAGCGCCGGGUAAGGUAGUCAUUCAUAAUUGCUUGGUACCUGAGCAACAUUGACGAUGCUUCCGGGUGCUGUGCAGCGGUCAAACAAUGGGCGAGAUUCCAUGUUGGGCAUUUUCCCAGCUCCGGUUGUUAGUUAGUUGCUUAGAGGAACCAGAGCUGCGGAAUGGUUGUUUCGCUGCUCACAGUAGUCUAGUGCCCAGGGAUUGGGGAUCGGGGCUAGCUAGGAAGACGAUCACUGCAAAAAGAAGAAUCCAAGUUUCUCGA